AUGUCUGAACAGUCAGGUAAAAAAUCUAUUUCCUCAGUUUAUGAAGAGGAACUAGCGAAAGCUAAAAAGCUAAUGGCUAAACUAGAACAUAUAGAAAUUGAUUUAUAUGAGGAAUCUAUAAAAUUAAAUAUAUUAAAAAAAAAUUCAAAUGUGGAGAUAUAUAAAAAAAUAAUUCAAGAGAUAUAA